AUGACACGCGUCUUCACCGAAGAAGGCGCGUCGGUUGCUGUGACAGUUAUAGAAGCUGCACCAAACCGCAUUACUCAGGUUAAAACCGACGACACAGACGGCUACAGUGCGGUUCAGGUAACUGCGGGUGAAGUCAAACAAAACCGCGUCAGCAAGCCUCGUGCAGGCCACUUUGCCAAAGCAAAUACCGGCGCUGGCCGAGGUUUGUGGGAAUUCCGUGCUAUGGCGGAAGACGGGAUGGCGAUCGGUGGUGAACUUACUGUGGAACAGUUCGAGGUAGGUCAAAAAAUUGAUGUGCGCGGCAUUUCCAAAGGUAAAGGUUUUGCUGGCGGUAUCAAGCGCUGGAAUUUCAGUCACCAGGACAACACCCACGGUAACUCUAUAUCUCACCGUGCGCCGGGUUCUAUUGGUCAGUGCCAGACACCCGGGCGUGUUUUUAAGGGUAAGAAGAUGGCGGGCCAUAUGGGUGCCGCGAAAGUCACCACGCAGAACCUUGAAGUGAUUCGAGUGGAUGCAGAGAAAAACCUGAUUUUGGUUAAAGGCGCUCGUCAGGGCACCCGUGCGCAGAAAAAUCGCGCAGCGGUCAGUGGUGGCGGUCGAAAGCCAUGGCGUCAGAAGGGCACGGGCCGCGCACGUUCAGGCACCAUUCGCUCGCCCAUAUGGCGUAGUGGUGGGGUAACCUUUGCCGCGCAGCCCCAGGAUCAUUCCAAUAAGGUAAAUCGCAAGAUGUACCGUGGCGCGCUGCAGUGCAUCGUGUCAGAGCUCAUCCGUCAGGAGCGCCUGGUGGCGAUUGAGUCAUUCAAUAUCGAUGCGCCCAAAACCAAAGCGCUUCUGAGCCAGCUGAAAACCCUUGAUUUGCGCAGCGUGUUGAUUGUCACUGAAGAGGUUGAUGAAAACCUCUACCUGGCCUCACGUAACGUAAAGGGUGUGGAUGUCCGCGAUGUUCAGGGCGUGGAUCCAGUAAGAGGCUUUGGCAUGAAUCCAGAGCGUGUUUUUACUGUGCUGCGUGAGCCGCACAUCUCCGAAAAAGUGUCAGUGCUGGGUGAUGCGUAUAACCAGUACGCCUUCAAGGUGUCCACUGAUGCAACCAAAGCUGAAAUCCGCGAAGCGGUACAGACGCUGUUUAAUGUUGAAGUGAAAAAGGUAACCACCGCCAAUGUCAAAGGCAAAGUGAAAAAGAAUGCCCGUGGUGUUACCCGUAAGAAGAAUUGGAAAAAAGCGUACAUCACUGUGGCCCAGGGUGCGCCGCAUAAGCCGCUGCUGGAGCGUAAAAGCAAAAAUGGCGGGCGCAACAACGCUGGCCGUAUCACUACGCGUCAUCGUGGUGGUGGUCAUAAGCAACACUAUCGAAUAAUUGACUGGAAGCGCACGAAAGAUGGCAUUCCUGCUGUUGUUGAGCGGAUUGAGUACGACCCGAAUCGUACGGCUCACAUUGCGCUGCUGAAGUACAAAGAUGGCGAGCGCGCUUACAUUAUCGCGCCAAAAGGUGUGCAGGCAGGCGAUGAGCUGAUGAGUGGUUCCAGCUCGCCGAUUCGUCCUGGUAAUGCCAUGGCGUUACGUAACGUACCCGUCGGCUCGGUGGUUCAUUGUGUUGAAUUAAAGCCGGGCAAAGGCGCGCAGAUGGUGCGUAGUGCCGGUGGGUCCUGCCAGUUGGUGGCUCGUGAAGGUACGUAUGCAACAUUGCGUAUGCGCUCUGGCGAAAUGCGUCGCGUUUUGUCUGAGUGUCGCGCGACGCUGGGUGAAGUUGGUAACAGUGAGCAUAACCUGCGUUCACUCGGUAAGGCUGGUGCCACACGCUGGCGCGGACGUAAGCCGACGGUGCGUGGUGUUGCCAUGAACCCGGUUGAUCACCCGCAUGGUGGUGGUGAAGGUAAGACAUCAGGUGGUCGUCACCCGGUCACACCAUGGGGUGUGCCAACCAAAGGACCGUUUGUCGAUACACACCUGAUGAAAAAGGUUGAAGUGGCUGCGGCGAAUAACGAGCGACGCCCUAUUAAGACCUGGUCACGUCGGUCAAUGAUCGUGCCGGAAAUGGUGGGUUUGACAAUUGCUAUCCACAACGGCCGACAGCAUGUGCCGGUGCUUGUGAAUGAAGACAUGGCUCUGGACAUCCUCAACUUCAGUACCAAGAAAGGUGCUGUGUUGGUGCGAAAAGUUGUCGAGUCUGCAAUUGCCAACGCCGAGAACAACGAAGGCAUCGUCAAGGAUCACACUUCGGUGUGGUACGCGGACAAGAAAACCUAUGCGGGAUACCUGCUUAAUGAUUUGGCAGUGCGCGAUUAUCUGCGCAAGCGCCUGGCAGAUGCCUCAAUCAGUCGUAUUGACAUUGAGCGUCCAGCGCAAACUGCACGUAUCACCAUUCACACUGCCCGUCCGGGUAUCGUGAUUGGUAAGAAAGGUGAGGAUGUAGAGCGUCUGCGUGUUGAGCUGGCGAAGCGUAUGGGUAUGCCUGUACACGUUAACAUUGAAGAAAUUCGUAAGCCCGAGCUUGAUGCCCAGCUGGUUGCGCAGAACGUCGCUCAGCAGCUGGAGCGACGUGUUCAGUUUCGCCGCGCUAUGCGACGGGUGAUUCAAAAUGCCAUGCGUCUGGGUGCAGAAGGCAUCAAAGUGCGUGUGGCCGGUCGGUUGGGUGGUGCUGAAAUUGCCCGCUCCGAGGUUUAUCACGAGGGUCGAGUACCUUUGCACACGCUUCGGGCUGACAUUGAUUAUUCAACCUGCGAAGCGCUGACAACCUACGGGAUUAUCGGCAUCAAGGUUUGGAUUUUCAAAGGCGAAGUAAUUGGUACUGCGGCGGUUGGUCGUGGUCGUAUGACGGCGCGCCAGAUCGAAGCAGGUCGACGUGCAAUGGUUCGCCAUAUCAAGCGUGGUGGUAAAACCUGGAUACGUGUCUUUCCUGACAAGCCUAUUACCAAAAAGCCUUUGGAAGUUCGUCAGGGUAAAGGUAAGGGUAGUGUUGAAUAUUGGGUGGCAUUGAUUCAGCCGGGCCGAGUCAUCUAUGAGAUGGAAGGUGUACCGGAAGAAGUGGCUCGUGAGGCGUUUACGCUGGCGGAGCUCGGCGCUGAGCUUCUGCGCAUGCGUAAGGACGAGUUUUCUCUGCGCAUGCAGUACGCCAGCGGACAGCUGGGACAAACACAUAUGGUGAAAGAAGUCCGUCGCGACAUCGCGCGGGUGAAGACGCUGAUCAAGGAGAAGGUAGGCGACACCGUCACCGUGGUUGAGUGUCGACCCUUGGCAAAAACCAAAACGUGGAUGCUGAAAAGCGUCGACGAGCGGGUGUUGGGCGGAUCCAAGCGGCGUUACGCCGGGAUCGGCGACAUUAUCAAGGUCACUGUGAAAGAGGCUAUUCCUCGUGGUCGCGUACGUAAAGGUCAGGUGAUGAACGCUGUUGUUGUACGCACUCGUAAAGGUGUCAGGCGCGCUGACGGUUCCCUGAUCAAGUUUGAUCACAACGCCGCAGUGUUGUUGAACCCACAGAAUCAGCCUGUUGGCACACGUAUUUUUGGCCCGACGCACAUGUUGAAGAUUAAGAAAGAUGACGAAGUAGUAGUGCUCACCGGCCGUGAUAAAGGCCGUCGGGGAGAAGUGCUGCGCGUAAUGAAGGAUGGCCGCCUGCUGGUAGGCGGCAUCAAUAUGGUUAAGAAGGCCACUCGCCCUGACCCGAAUGCGGGCGAGCAGGGUGGCUUGAUCAGCAAAGAAGCGCCUAUCCAGGUGUCGAACGUGGCGAUCUGGAACCAUGAAGAAAGCCGUGCUGAUCGGGUUGCCUUUUCGGUUGAUGAUAAUGGCAAGAAGAUUCGCAUCCGCUCGCAGCUCAAAGAAAGUUUAGGGCUGGCCAACAUCAUGGCGGUUCCGCGUAUAGAGAAGGUGACGCUCAACAUGGGUGUUGGUGAGGCGGUUGCUGAUCGGAAAGUCAUGGAGGCUGCCGUUGCAGACAUGACAGCUAUAGCGGGGCAGCGUCCCGUUGUGUGUAAUGCGCGCAAGUCUGAAGCUGGUUUCAAAAUACGUGAAGGCUGGCCGAUUGGCUGCAAAGUGACGCUUCGCAGCGAGCGGAUGUACGAUUUCAUUGAGCGCCUGGUGGGUAUUGCGAUUCCGCGUAUUCGUGACUUUCGCGGCCUUAAUCCUAAGUCCUUUGAUGGACGUGGGAAUUUCAGCAUGGGUCUUACAGAGCAGAUCGUUUUUCCGGAAAUUGACUACGACAAGAUCGAUAAGAUCCGUGGUCUGGACAUCUGCAUCACAACCAGCGCUGAAAAUAAUGAACAUGCACUGGCACUGUUAAAAGCAUUCAAGUUCCCGUUUCGAGUAUAG